GAGGAGCUGCUACCGCUACCGUGCCCAGCCCUCGAGCCAUGCGUCGCUGCCAUUUUUGCGCCGCCGCCGUCGCUCACAUCGCUGCUCCGUGGAGGCCGCAGAGAGGAACGCGAACCAGGAGCUUCUGUGUCGCGCCGCCGAUCUGUCACCAUGCUGCUGCGUCGCCAUUGAUGAAGCUUCUGCCAUUGCCGUGAAUGCGAACAGAGGAGAGGGAGAGAGAGGAGUUCGCGAGGGAGAAGAGGAAGCAACGCUGCCCUUCCAUCACCGCUGCCGCCAAGGUUUGUGGAAGAGAGUGUCGUCGUCGUCGUGGGUGGAGUCCACCGUCCCAGCCGCCACCAGAGAGAGCGCGCGCGAAGGGAAAACCUCACCACAAAGCCAUCGCCGCUGUCGUCAUGCUCCACCGCUGCCACUUCUCACCAAGCCGUCACUAUCGUGUUUCCUGGUCACCAUCGAAGGAAGCCGCCGCCAGCGUCGAUUUGGAGUUGCUGCAAUUAGAACCACUAACGGGGAACCAACUUUGCUGUUUGGCCGCCGCUGAGGCCUUCCACCAUCACUGGAGUUGCUCAAAACCACCAUGGUUGCUACCCAGGAAACAAAAUGAGUGCUGGAAAUUGUUAUUGAAGCUGCCCAAGAACACUGUGUUUCCUGCCAAGGGGACAGAACGGAUGUCAGAACCUGACAGAGUGCUGCUGCCGUCAAUCGGAGAUGCUAAAAUUGCCGCUGCUGCAGGUGGCUUCGAAAUACUUAGUUGUGGCGUUUAGACUCUGCAAUUUCGACUAACUGAGGUAGGGGAUUUAACAUUUUUAAUUUAGAAUGCCCACCAAGUUAUUUGAAUAAGUGCAAAUGGUUA